CGGAAGUGACGGAAGUAGCCACGAGCGUGACGAACGCCUCUUUCGAAAAUACAACAAGGAAGUUCCCGUUUAUUGUAAAGGGGAAAACACCACCGGGUAAAACCUCUCCUCUAACAGCGGCUCCACUCCGCUAGCUCGUCGGGUGUCGGGAGGGCGGAAGUCGCCGUAGACUCGCCCGGACAGCCCGUUUCCGUUCGAGUCGACGAAUCCUGCCUUUAGCCAGCUAGCCUGUUAGCUAGCGAUGAACACGGACGUGGAAUUUCACAUCAGGCAGAAUUAUCCGUGGAACAAGCUCCCAGCUAAUGUCAAACAGAGUUUGGGAAACUCGCAGCGUGAGUAUGAGAAACAUGUGCUCCUGUACAGCAUCCGCAACCAGCUGCGAUUCCGCAAUAACCUAGUUCGCCACAUGAGGAAGGACGAACGCAAGUAUUAUGAGGAGCUGCUGAAGUACAGCCGGGACCACCUGAUGCUGUACCCCUACCACCUCUCUGACAUCAUGGUCAAAGGCCUGCGAGUCACUCCCUUCUCAUAUUACAUAGGAAUAAUGGAGGAUAUAAUGAACAGUGAGAAGAGUUAUGACUCCUUGCCCAACUUCACUGCUGCUGACUGCCUGAGGCUGCUCGGCAUUGGGAGAAACCAGUACAUCGACCUCAUGAACCAGUGCAGGUCCUCAAAAAAAUUUUUCCGUAGGAAAUCGGCGCGGGACCUGCUACCGGCCAAACCCGUGGAGAUCUCCGUGGAGCCGUGGUGGGUGGCGCAGACGGGCUACAUCACAGAAGACGACAUAAGGGUUUGUUCUCCUUCGGAGAAGAAAGCCAUCGAUAAGAUGAUUGAUACAGGCCCUCAGCUUGCAGGAACGAUGGAGUUCAACGUGGUUUUAAGCUUGUACAACCGGGGCUUCAUUUACCUGGACGUUCCCAUAUCUGAUGACAGCUGUAUCUCAGUGCCCCCUCUCGAAGGCUUCGUCAUGAACCGUGUCCAGGGUGAUUACUUUGAAACUCUUCUCUACAAAAUCUUUGUGUCCAUCGACGAGCAGACGAACGUGGCAGAGCUGGCAAAUGUGUUGGAGAUCGACUUGGAUUUAGUGAAGAACGCCGUCUCCAUGUACUGUCGCCUCGGCUUUGCUGUGAAGAAAGGUCAGGUGUUCAGCUCCGAUCAGCUGCACCCCAGCUGGAAGAACGCGCCGUCUGUAAACAGACUCAGGAGCACCAUGGACCCCCAGAAGAUGCUGCUGUCCUGGGAGCAGGGCAGCCCCGUGAUGGAGGCAGGCUCCUCAGCCACAGACACCGACACCACCAGCCUGGAAGACCAAGCUGAGACGGGCAGCGUCAGCAGCCUGAGCAUCCCUGCUGCUCCCACCAAGAGGAUCGCCUUCCUCUUUGACUCCACACUCACAGCCUUCCUCAUGAUGGGAAACCUGUCUCCGAACCUGAAGAGCCAUGCGGUCACCAUGUUCGAGGUGGGUAAGCUGUCUGAUGAGACCCUUGACAGCUUCCUGGCUGAGUUAGAGAAGGUGGAGAGCACGGCUGAGGGUGAGGCCCAACGUUACUUCGAUCACGCUCUGACCCUUAAAAACACCAUCCUCUUCCUGCGUUACAACAAAGAGCUCACUCAGGAUCAAGGACCCGAUAUUCCAAAUAUAGGUUUCCCUCUGGACAUGCUGCGCUGCGAGAGCCUGCUGGGUCUGGACCAAGCCACCUGCAGCCGCGUCCUCAACAAAAACUACAAGCUGCUGGUCUCGAUGGCGCCGCUCAGCAACGAGAUCAGACCCAUCAGCAGCUGCACGCCUCAGCACAUUGGCCCAGCCAUCCCUGAGGUCAGCUCAAUCUGGUUCAAGCUGUACCUGUACCACGUGACUGGCCAAGGCCCGCCCUCUCUGCUGCUCUCCAAAGGCUCCCGGCUCCGAAAACUGCCUGACAUUUUCCAGGCCUACGACAGGCUGUUGAUCACCUCUUGGGGUCACGACCCCGGAGUCGUCCCUACGUCCAAUGUGCUGACGAUGUUGAAUGACGCGCUCACACACUCUGCUGUCCUCAUACAGGGUCAUGGUAUGCACGGGCAUGGGGAGACUCUUCACAUCCCGUUUCCUUUUGACGAGGAGGAUCUGAAGGGAGAGUUCUCCUACUCCAACAUGUGUGUGCACAAGGCUCUGCAGAAGCUGAAGGAGCACGUGGAUCUGGAGCACCAGUGUGGCUACAUCACCAUGCUGAACUCCAGCAACAGGCACCAUCGCAGGGCCAGUGAGAGCCGGGAGUGUGGAGGAGAAACCCACCUGGGAGGAGGCCUGGACACCAACGGCAGCACCGAGUCUUUUGAGCUGGUGACGGAAGAGAACGGCGAGAGCAAAGCAAAGACAGACACUCUUUCAUCUGAAGACGAGUGGGUCCCUCUUGAACUGUGCUUUGGCAUGCCUCUCUUCAGCUCAGAGCUCAACCGCAGAGUGUGUCGAAAGAUUGCCUCGCACAAACUGUGUAGCAACGAGAGCCUCCAGGAGCUGCUCCACUCGAGCCGAAAGCUUUCCCUCAAAGUGCUCAGCUUUGUUCAGUCGUUCCAGGACGGCAGCCAGCCCGCCGAUGUGGACAGCGGCGUGUCCAACCCUCUCAGCCAGCCUCCAGCUGAGUCCGGCGUCCCGCUGCCUUCCCUCAACCUCCUCUUCAAGGACGGUCAGCUGAAGGAGUGGAGUGGGCGGGCCCCUCCCCCUCUGGACAUCUCCUCCCUGCAGAAGGACCAAUCCUCAUAAGCCAACCAACCAAUUGCAGAGCUGGGUUUAUUCAUGGGCUGAGGUGAGUCCUUGGUUAAAAAAAAGGGCCCACUCCUUGUUUUUGCAUCAUCACAUGGACACCCCCCACCCCACCCCCCCAAUCCA